UCUGGAGGAGGUGAGGAGGUGAGGAGGACUGUACUGGAGGAGGUGAAGAGGCGAGGAGGUGAGGAGGUCUGGAGGAGGUGAGGAGGACUGUACUGGAGGAGGUGAGGAGGUGAGGAGGAGGUGAGGAGGUCUGGAGGAGGUGAGGAGGCGAGGAGGUGGUGAGGAGGAGUUGAGGAAACAAAGACAAUUCCACAUUCUUCUCCUAAUCCCACUUCCUGUUUCCCUUCGGGCGAGUAAUACAGUUUGACUCCUCCUCGCUCCAAAGGUCCUCCUGCCUCGAAGAGGAGGAACAAGUCCGGCAGACGAGGAGGAGGAGGAGGAGGGAUGGGAGCGCAGGAGAAGGAGGAGGACGCGGCUCCUCCGGCGGAGAAGAAGGAGAAGCAGAAACACUCCAAGGAGGUGUUCUUCUCCAUGCUGCCGGAUCGAUACGAGCCUCUGAUCGAGGAGGAGGAGACGCCAGAGGAGAGGAGGAGGAGGAAGGAGGAGAAGAAGAGGAGGAAGAAGAAGAAGCACAAGAAGUACAGGAAGAACGUGGGCAAGGCGCUGCGCUUCAGCUGGAGCUGCCUGGUGCUGGGCCUGCAGAGCCUGGCCUCCGCCUACUCCACCCCCCUCUCCGCCGUGUCCGUCGUGGUGGCGGAGGUCCACCGCACCGCCGGCCGCAAAGCAUGAUGGGACGUGUGGCCGCAGGACGUUGUUCUGGCUUUCAUAGAAGUUCAUUCCGUACACUCAGAGGAAUAAAAUACUUUUCAAAGGUGUUCUUAGGUUUUUUUUGCAGUAUUUAAAUAUAUUUAUAUGUAUAUAUAUAUAUAUACAUAUAAAUAUAUUUAUAUAUGCCUCCUUUGUAUUUUAUGUUUCUAAGACAGAUUAUGUGCCAUAAACUUUACAUUCUGUUGUUAUUUCUGUGAAACAUAUUCUCCCUGGUUUUUAUAUCUGUGUAAUAUUAUAAAUGUACUCGUGAACGUU